AUGGCGGCGAAGGCUGCACUUGAUAGUGACCCAUCACAACAACAAUGGUUAGCACUCCAGGAGGCAAGGGCGGUUAUGAGGAACUCUCUAGUCAAGGAGGAAGCAUAUUGGAGGGAAAAAAACACUGAGUUGCAGCGUCUUCCCUCGAUGGAGGAGAUAAAAGAUGUGGUAUUCGCAAUGGAUAGGGAGAGUGCGGCGGGCCCUGAUGGAUUGAUUCACAGCUAUUGGGGUUUUACGCCUUUUAGAGUUCCACGGGGCUGCCCACCUAUUACUCAUCUAACCUAUGCCGAUGAUAUUAUUGUCUUCUCUAGUAGGUUGCGGCAAUCUAUGCGAUUGGUGAUGAAGGCGCUAGACGCUUAUGUUUCAGUGUCAGGACAAAAAGUGAACCAACAAAAGAGCUGUGUCUUGGCUCAUGCCAAUUUUAUCGGGAGCAGGAAAUGGUCUAUUGCGAAGAUGACUGGGUUUCAGUCGAAGGAGUUUCCGGUUAGAUAUCUGGGUUAUCCUUUAUAUGCAGGGCGGAGGAAGAGAUGCUACUUUGCAGGGAUUUGUGACUCGGUCACGAUUCCUCAGACACUAGGCCGCGCUUCCAUUGGAUUAAGUGGGCCCAGUUGUGCAACUCGUAUGACAGGGGGUGCUGGUUUGAGAUCCCUUAAGCAUGUGUUUGAUGCCUUCUCCAUGAGAUUAUGGUGGCACUUCCGAUUGCGACAAUUGUUGUGGGUUGAGUUCAUGCACUGUAAAUAUUGCUCCAACCUUCAUCCUUCCUUUGCUGAUACUUCUCCCGGGGACUCUUGGACUUGGAAGAGACUGGUGGCUAUCCAGGGAGUAGCGGAGCAACACAUCUAUUGGGUUUUGGCUAGGGGCAAUCGGUUAAGCAGGGUAGCGCCUAGCGGAUGGGUGGGGAGGAUGUUGGGAGUCAUGCCUCCCUCGCUGGACCAGGCGGAUACCAUGGUUUGGGCUCCUAGUACCUCCGGUGUCUUCUCAUUAGCAUCAGCCAACCGGAUCGCUCGAGAGAAUGGAAAUAGCUCUUGGCUCUACUCACUGCUCUGGCUUCAAGGGCAGCCGACAAAGAUUUCUUUUUUCAUGUCGAGAUUGGUAGGGUCCUAUUUGCUGGUGAUGGGCAAGUUGCAUAAACUUGGUAUAUUCGGCCCCUCUUGUUGUGGUUAUUGUCUACACCCAUUUCAAGAGUCUUCUGAUCAUAUUUUCUAUACCGGAGAGGCGGCAAAGAGGAUUUGGGGUUAUUUCGAAGGGGUGAUUGGAGGGUUUCAGGAGUCCUCUACGAUACGCCACAAGUUGGUUAGCUGGUGGUUGAAACCUACUCGAAACCCAUACCUCCAGUACCUUUUCCGUUUAUUGCUGUCUUUGAUCUGUUGGAAUUUAUGGCAGAUGCGGAAUUCAUUUGUCUUUGAUGGCCAUCUGCGACCCAUGGCUCAUGUGUGUGCGGCAAUUUUUUAG